AUGGUGCAGCCCUUCCCGAACGAGAUAUCGUUGGACAUCUUCAAAGACCUGGCUAAGGAAGGCGAGUACGACGCGUUGGAACGAUGCAGGGUGGUGUGCAGAGGAUUCGAAUGGAUGGCACUGGAGUGCCUAGAGACUUACGGCGUGGAAUUCAAGAAUGUAGAGGGGGUGGAGCACGCAUGUUCCUGGUGCCCUUAUUAUCCACCCGGCGAAGAGCUUGGCAUAGAUCUAGGAAAGCUGAUGGAUGACUUCCGCGAGCUUGAUACCGUCCUCUCUGGGCCGAUCUUCCACAACCUCACACACGUUAUCGUGCGCGUCCUAAUAUACAGUGAUAGAUCGGCUGUGCAAGAUGAAGAUUCAGCGCAUGGGCUAACAUUGUGCUUGCCAAUGCUUGAUGCACGCGGUAUUCUAGGCGUAUUCCGGAAUAACAUCAGACUUGGAAUGCAUUGGGACAAAGUGAUCGGUGACUGGAUAUGUGACGGGGCUGGGAGCAUUACCGCACAGGACGCUGUAAUGACUAAUGCAGGGGCUAGUGCCGACGACGACAGGCGUACGAACAACACUGCCACCGUUACAAACCCGCAUGACGCCUCAGACGUGGUGUCUGCAAUAUCGCAGCCCGUCUGGGUGCCGUCAGCCACCUAUGCCGAUGCUCAGCUACCUUCCUCGUCAAAAUCAACGGAUGCACGAGUACCUGCCGAGCCAGCGUGCGACGAUAAACCUGUACCGCAAAAUGCAACAGCCGGUUCGGUAGAGUCCCCGGGUGACUCUACGCCACACGAUCAUGGUACGCCCUCUGGGGAGCGCUCGUCGACAGGGCAAAAAUGA